AUGUCAGUAACUCUACACACCAGCCUAGGCAAUAUCAAAAUCGAAGUAUUUUGCGACAGUGUACCCAAAACGGCAGAGAACUUCCUCGCCCUCUGCGCCUCCCACUACUACGACUCUUCCCCCUUCCACCGACUAAUCCCCACCUUCAUGAUCCAAACCGGCGCUCCCUCGCCCUCCAACCCCCUUCUUCCCUCUCCUCCCCCUCCAAAAGGCGGCACCUCCAUCUGGGACGUUCCUUUCGCCGACGAAAUCCGACCUUCCCUGCGCCACCACGCCCGCGGUAUCGUCUCCAUGGCCAACAAAGGUCCCGAAACGAACGGCUCUCAAUUUUUUAUCCUCUUUGCCCCCGCGCCGCAUCUCGAUGGCCAGAAUACCGUGUUUGGACAUGUGAUUGGGGAGGAGAGUUUGAGGGUUUUGGGAGAGUUGGAGGGGUUAGAGGUCGAUAGGAAGAAUAGACCUAAGGAGAAGGUGGUGAUUGAGAGCGUGACGGUGCAUGCUAAUCCGCUGGCGGGGUGA